GGGGCGCAGGAGAGGGGGAGGAGGUGGAGGUGGGCGCAGAGCAAGUGUGCAGGGCCCGGAAGAAGAGCUCGAGCACGCAGGAGACACCCGCCCCGCUGCGCGAGUGGAUGAUCUCGGGAGGACAGGGUGGUCACUGUGCUGCCGAUAUUGCUGCGCUGUCUUCGAGGUUUUCGGGAGCUGCAGCGGCAACGUAGCACCAGCUCAGAGCUUAAGAGCUGACGGGUGUCCGGCGAAGGCAAUUGUUACCGAGAUUGAUUGAGAUUGAUUGAGAUUGAUUGAUCUGGGGAGAGCGAGUGGAAGGGAAGUGCACUGUGAACGGAGACCGCUUCCGCUGGGCCUGCUCUCGUGUUGAUUUCGUCGUUUCCACAGAGAAGUCGCCUCGCGAAUCCGGCCAUAUCCAGCGAUCAGCUGAAGCUGGGCUCGUCGUCGUGGCGGACUAGCGAGUGGAGUGUCGAGAGAUUGCUGAGUGGUUGGUCUGAAUCAGGGGUAUGCGCUGAUGGUUCAUGCAUGACGAAGAAGAUCAGUGGAGUCCUUGCACGAAUUGUAUUGCCGGCGAAUAUUGUGGGGUGACACAGCGAAUUCGGAUGGAAGACGAUGGAUCAAAUCGGUUAAUGCGUCAGGAAGGGAGUUUAGGUGCAGAUGUCGGAGCUCAACCCACGGCAUUGCAAAAUUAGUGAGGUGGAUUCGUUGGUCGGGUGUGAAUGACUAGCUGGUCAAGAGUACGAGAGGCAAGCACGGAUCAAGGGGAGUGUUAUGCAUCAGGGACCUGAACCAUAGCCUCCAAACUGGAGUUGCAGUUGCGGCUUGUGAUGUCUACCUAGGGUGCAGAGACUGCAACACAUGAGACUCAAAUCGUAAAUACACGAGAAACUAGUGGGACGUCUAUGAUGAACAGAUGGAAGUCACAGACCGCAAGUCCGUGCUUGUCGCGUCUCGUUUAAUUGGAGUUUGCGAGAAUGGAGCGAAAUUGUCCCAAUCUUGCAUAUUCUGCGAGACACGGCCUGGAUGUUCCUCACUCAGGACCACGCAAAGGAAAAGAUAUGGAACAGCUAGAGCCGAAAGUAGGGACACCAUUGCCUGGUGUCAUCACCGAAACCAAGUCGAAGGCCGAAGAUCGCGCGAAGACUGACAUUGGGAAUUCCAUACCGUCACACUCAGGGGCAGCACGCAAACGCAAAGAGUACCAAAUCGAGGCAUCUAGAUUCGAUUCUACGAUGUUUGACAGCAAGCGAAUUCGUCAGAGUACUCAUCGUUCGAGUAGAAGAAGGGAGACAACGAAAACUCAAAAGGGAGGAAGUUGCAAUGUAGAUAUGGGAGGAGGGGAGAGAAAGAAGGUUGCCUCCAAACACCUAUCCUCUAGUCUUCUACCGCCUACUCGGGCUGCCUUUUCAUUAUACGAAAGACAAAUCAAACGCGAGAAGGUGCUGCGUCUCGCGUCAGGGGCCGUUGAAACUAGUAUAGCCAGUUCUGAUGAUGCUGGAGAUGACAAAAGGAGCGGCGGGAAUACGAGUACUUUGACUUCAAAUGAGGACGGGGAUAGAAGACUAAUUAGUUUUCAAGUGUCCAAGUUUGUUGGUCAGGCCAACAACCGAUUUGGAAGGUAUGCUGUGCCAAGCGAGGAUGAUUCGUUUACAGGCGUUGUUAGAAAAGAUGUCACAGGCCCGAAAUACCUACAAUCAUCUGGCCAUCAAUCGUUAAGGUGGAAACAAACUAGAGAGGUAGACGGCGAGGUUAUCAGUGGAUCUCAUGUGAAGACUUCGAGCUCAUAUACAGCCCGUGACAGUGAGCUGAACAGAGUGUUUGGUGUUGGUUUGUGGAAAACAGAGUAUGAGAAAAGUACAGACCAAAGACUUGUAGCGAGUACCAUGGAUUCGGGAUGUAGCGAUGAAGCUGACAACGAUAGCAGCAGAGAUACGAGAGACAGAGAUCCAGAUGUCAGAAGCUUAAAGCUUAAACAAGGCUGCGCCAAAUAUGGCCUUAGUAACAUUAGUAGAGAGCAUCAAAGUAGUUCAGUUGUCACAGAUCUCUGCGCAUCAAGUGGUUCAGUCUCUUUAUGGCUGGAAGGGGAAAGGAGUUCACAAACUUAUCGUUUCAAGGCCAGUGCCCUCACUAACACGACUUCGAACGCCAAAGUAGAUGAGAAAGCCCAUGUUGGCAUGCCUUUCGAGAAGACGACUCUUUUUCCUUUCGUGCAGGAAGAGAGGCAUACUAUGAGCAGAUCACAGUACACCAGCGGCAUGUCUGACGGUACUCAUCCAGCUUCUAAUAGCUCAGAGCGGGGAGUAUUAGCACUCACACAUACGUUUUUGAGAAGGUCACAAUUUAUUAGAAGCAUGUCUGAAGAUACGCAUCCCGCUACGAAUAGUUCAGAGCGGGAACUAGAUUUACCAACAAGACAGUUUCGGAGCAGAUCACAGUACACCAGCAGCAUGUCCCACGAUACUCAUCCAGCUUCGAAUAGCUCAGAGCGGGAACAAGUAACACCCCCAAGUAACAUGUCAGUCGGCCGUGAUGAUUCCAGUGGUACAGGAGGAUCCGAGUCGAACAAACCAGAACCCACAUUUGUUCUCUCGUCAGGGCGAUUGAGCAAAACACAGGAAGCGCAACUGGGAAAAAGACCACCAACGAUUGAUGACGACUUUGAUCAGUACUUCGCUCAGCUUAUGCUUUAAUCAACGUCGGAGUUGAAGCUUGGAUUGAAGUCACAAUUUUGUCGAUUUGGAGAUUGAUUAAUCUCUGACCCCACAGUUCAGCAUCUUGAAGAGUCAUCACCUUUUAACUGACUUCGUUGGAAGGUUGCACGAUGAGUAUGUAUAGUACAAGGUCAGAAUUGGCACCAAAGUUUAACUUUGCUUUAUUGGUUUGGUAUGGUAUGGUCCGAGUUCAAGUAGCGUCAAUUAAUCAAACGCAGCAGUAGCAGUGGUGGAUACUUCUCAAAGUCCUGUACCAUGAACGCGUUGAAGGGCGCAUCGCCUUACCUCUGUUCCUGUGGUCAUGGACUGUGCCUUGGCGGAUACGGAGUUGGGUUACGGAUGAGCUUUCAGGAGCUUGAUCUUUCUAGCAAGGAUCCAUUAAAGGAGGAUACCUGCUCGUCUUUAUCGCCGAUUAGUAUAUCGACUUCUCUGCUGUCCCUGUAAAUUUUGUCUGGAGGUGGAAACCUACAUUCUGUAUAUCCAGUGUUCCAUGAAAUGGUAAAAUUUUGUCAGUUUGGUUGUGCUCAUCAUCACGGAAACCACGCGAACAUGAACCUUGGAAAUCAUGUGAGGGCAGUUUCCGAAGCUAACGGGAGUUCGCCGGUUACCGGAAUGAUGGCGUUUUAUGCACGUCGGAGUAUGUUGUAACCCCGAAGAGAAUUAUGGUACGUUUGAUUACAGAGAGGAAGAAGAAAGAAUUGCACACAGCCUCUGCCCAUCCGACGCAGGUGUGGACAUUUCUUCGGAACUCCAUCGACAUUUACACGUGCCUCUCUUAAGCAGAUAUUGACAUAAGUAGAAAGACGAGGAACCGUGAGGAUUGUCCGUACCUUGCGGAUAACUUAAUUCAGUCUUGGACACCGGAGCAACACAGGUCACACUCUCAGUAUGCAAAAAAUGGUUCGUCUGACGCUUGACGCACUCUUGUCCUGCUAAAGUUGCCACCUUACAAGUUAGGAAACUCACUGUGCUAAGGCAACUUGCCAGGGAUGUUAAAUGUGUCAUCAAGCUAUUAUCCGGAGAACAAUAUUUGGCCAAAGGCCUGCCAUGGUCGGUUGAAAAGGCGUCUGUGGUUUACAGGAAACUAGAAGCUACCCAUAUUUUUUGAGAGUUAUCUUCUCUUCAGCAUUAACCGAAAGUGGGGGACAUUUCUGUACCCUAUCAACCUAAGAGAUGAAUACUGUUAGAUUGAGACCCAUACCCGAAGCUAGGUUUUAGCAGACAAGCGACAGAUCUCACAGAUCGCAGUAAAAGUGUGAGACUAUGCUAGCUGCCCGGAGAUAAUGUGGGACAGAGUCUUUUUGAGGGUCAAGAAGAACAGUGUCGAGCUUGUACCCGUAGAGCUGGCGGAAAAUUAUUGCAGUUGUCAUCGUGGAGCUCACGAUCAGUUAGAUUAGAGUUCUGAUCUGUCUUUAGUUCGCGGUUGCAGUUACAACUUUUACGAGUGCGCCGGGACAUGCUGACCUGCCGGUGCGCUGUUGUCGUAUACGGCGCCUGGUUCUGCUGAAAACAAAAACAUUAGUGAGUCCUGAACUCAGUUGUCACAAAGUCAGUAUCAAGCCGUUGUCCGACUCCAAGUGAUGGAUACAUGGACGUCUGAAAAUUAUUCCAUACAUAUUAUUCAAAUCAAAAGGACACCCGACAAAGACGGUAAGGAAUUGAAGAC